AUGUCUGUAGCCCGGCCACCAGCCGAGGACUCUAGACCUGAGCUAAAGAAGGCUAGAGUGGAAAACCAACCAUCGAUAAGUUUCUCUAAGAAGAACAAGGUUGGAACCGUACAGCCACAUGAUGAUGCCUUGGUGGUCAUCCUCAGGAUAGGGGGAUAUGAUGUUAGGAGGGUGAUGGUGAAUCAAGGCAAUGAGGCAGAGAUUAUGUACCCUGAUUUGUACAACGGACUGAACUUGAAACCUGAGGACUUGACAGCUUAUGAUUCACCUUUGGUAAGCUUCGACGGGAAAUUUUUUAGUCCAAGGGGCCAGAUUCGACUUCCUGUACAAGCAAGAUCAGAGGUGGUGGAGGUGGAUUUUAUUGUAGAGGGUGCUUAUUCUCCCUACACAGCCAUUGUAGCAAGACCUUGGCUUCAUGCCCUAGGAGCUAUUUCCUCCACUCUACAUUUAAAGAUGAAAUAUCCAUCUGGGGACCGAAUUGAGGAGUUGGUUAGGAGCUAG